GAGAUAUUGAACCAUAGCAGAUGGGCGACAAACUAGUAUUGGAUGAGUUGCAGUGGAGGAACCCUGAGUGGAUUCAGAUGUUUGGCAUCAACACAGACAAUGUGCUUGACUACUUUUCUCAGUCUCCAUUCUAUGACAGAACUUCCAACAACCAAGUAUUGAAGAUGCAGGCUCAAUUUUCAGAAAACUUUUACAACAGGAAUUUGUUAUCUGAAUUGAAAAAAAUGACUGGAACUGAAUUCAUUGUUGCUCAUGUCAAAGAGCCCGAUUUUUGGAUCAUCAGAAAGCAAAAUCGCUUGUCGAUCAACGAAACUGUUCCAAUUGCUGAUUACUUUAUAAUUGGUGUCAAUAUUUACAUGGCCCCUACAAUCCAUUCAAUUGUCCAAUCAAGACUAUUGAAUACUUGUUUGGCUUUGAGGAAUUCCCUAGAUUCAAUAAGAAAUUUGGCUUAUUUCUCUCCCUCGCAGGGCCAUGGAUACAUUGUUGAUCCUAAUAUGGAUUCCAUAAAUGAAAGCAAUAACGCUACCAAUGCUACCAACAAUAACGCAUCUCAAACCUCAACAAUUCCCAUUAAUGAUAGUUCUGUGAAUUUGAGUCAGACACAAAAAUCUAACACAGAGUCUCAAUCUGCUAUCGAUGAAUCUGUAAUACAGGCCCAGCCCUCAGUAAUAUUUGAUCAACUUAUAAAAGUAACUUACAAAAAUCAAAAACCAUAUUAAAACUACCAAAGAAUUUCACCCAAAAAAAACUACAUAUUAAACUAUUUUUUUCAUUUAUUUGUCAUAUAUAGGGUAUCAAUAUAACUAAUUAUAAUAUACCAUCAAAACUCAAAACUCAAACUAACAACAAA